AUGCUAUCAUACGCUGCCCAGAACCCAGGAAAUCGCCAGGCUAGUUCGAUGAUCCCACCACCAGUUGAUGCGGUGCUAUUGCAUGAGCAUGCAUAUCAAGAUACUGGAGAUCUGAGCUAUGUGCUUAGCUUAGAUACUUUUACUGACGAUGGUGGGUACAAACCGAUCCUGAAAUACGGACUUGGUUUCUUCAACUACGACCUUGCGCUGAAAAAUGAAAUAUACGAUAGAUCGUGGACUGAGAUGCUCAGAUUUCACAUUUACGAACACUUUGUUCCUUACCUCAUUAUCUUCCUGUUCCUCUUUCUGGUAUGGUCCUUUGUCGUGAUUGUUCAAUUGAAUUAUGCGGGUCAUCUAAUGUUUAGUGAAGACAAAAAGCUGUACAAGAAGUUUGAGAAAGACAAUGAGCUGGAAUACCGCCACAUUCAAGUGUAA